GGCCCGCCUCCUUCUGUCUUUGCCACUCGUAUCGAUUCUCUUUUUCUUUUCUCAUUUAGCAUUAGUUCAUCGCCUCUGGCAAGAUAAUAAAGUGAAAGGUUGUGUCGAUAGCGCGCGCCUUAGGGGCUUCACGCAUCAUUUAUUACUUAUCACCGUCGCAGCGGAACUCCGUCUCGCUGCUGUCGAUUUUUUUCCAAAGUAAUCAACCCAACAAAGCAACCAAAGCAAACAUUUUACUAAACCGAAAAGGAAAAACUCACACAUUCCUCUACACUCGCCGAUGCUCCGCCGCUUCCUCUCUGUCCGUGCCGCGGCGCCGGCACUUCUGGUGCGGUACACGUCCACCGAUGUGUUCCUCAACCGCCACAUCGGCCCCACCCGCAAGGAGACUGCUGAGAUGCUAAAGACGGUCGGAAAGGAGAGCCUCGCCGAGUUGAUGACGUCAGCGCUGCCGAGUGAUAUCUUGCGCACCCCGCUGAACACAUUCAAGUCCCUCAGCGAGACGGAGACGCUCUCCUUCCUCAAGAGCGUGGGAGGUCAAAACAAGGUUUUGAAGAAUAUGAUUGGGCAGGGCUACUACGAGUGCAUUGUGCCACCAGUGAUCUUGCGCAACGUGCUGGAGAACCCGAUGUGGUACACGCCGUACACGCCCUACCAGGCCGAGAUCUCGCAGGGACGUCUGGAGUCGCUGCUGAACUUCCAGACCAUGGUGGCGGACAUCACCAAGAUGGACAUCUCGAACGCGUCACUGCUGGACGAGGCUACAGCGGCGGCGGAGUGCAUGUACCUGUCUCUGAACCACCACCGCCACAAGCGCAUGAAGUUCUUCGUCGCACAGGACGUAUUUGCGGCCUCGAUUGAGAUGAUCCGCACCCGCGCCCUUCCACAGGGCGUCGAGGUUCUCGUCGGUGACGUGGCCAACGCCGACCUCGCCGACCCGCAGCUGAGCGGCGUGUUUGUCCAGACAUCCUGCGCCAACGGCGGCCUGCACGACUACACCGACUUCUUCGCACGUGCCAAGGCGAGCGGCGUCGUCUGCUGCGCCGCGGUCGACUUGCUGGCGAGCUGCAUCGUCAAGCCGGCGGGGGAGAUGGGCGCGGACGUUGUGGUGGGCAGUGCUCAGCGCUUCGGUACCCCGCUCGGCUACGGAGGCCCGCACGCCGCGUUCAUGGCCAUGACGGAGGACUUCAAGCGCCUGUCGCCUGGUCGCAUCGUGGGUAUUAGCAAAGACAGCGCCGGCGACCCGGCCAUCCGCAUGGCGCUGCAGACACGCGAGCAGCACAUCAAGCGUGAGCGUGCCACGUCGAACAUCUGCACCGCGCAGGCGUUGCUGGCGAACAUGAACGCCUUCUUUGGUAUCUACCACGGCCCGGAGGGGUUGAAGCAGCUGGCGAACGAGAUCCACUGCAAGGCGAAGUUGUUCGCUGUGGGCAUGGAGUCCCUCGGCUUCACGCCGCUGAACAACACUUACUUCGACACCGUUUCUUUUGCGUUCGAAGGAGGCGCCUUCACCGCUGAAGACUACGCGCAGCGCUGCAUUGAGAAAGGCAUCAACGUCUUCGUGAACCCCAAGACGAAGCACGUCUCCGUCUCCUUCGACGAGGCGACCACGGAGGACCACAUCAGCACUCUGUUGCAGGCCGCGGGGAUGACGACGCCGAACAUCGAAGCACUCACCCGCGUUGCGGACACCAUCGUUGUGGUGCCGGAGUCCCUGCAACGCACCUCGAAGUUCAUGCAGGGCAACGUCUUCAACAGCCACAAGAGUGAGCUUGAGCUGAUGCGGUACAUCCAGCGGCUGCAGCGGAAGGACUACGGCCUGACACACGGCAUGAUUCCACUGGGCUCGUGCACCAUGAAGCUGAACCCCGCCGCAGCGAUGCGGGCGCUGAGCUGGCCGGAAUUCAACGCCCUCCACCCCUACGCACCGGACGACCAGGCGCGCGGCUACAAUGCGAUGAUUCUCGACCUGAAGCAGAAGCUGUGCGAUAUCACCGGCAUGGCGGCAUGCUCGAUCCAGCCGAACAGCGGCGCACAGGGCGAGUACUGCGGCCUGCGCGUCAUCCGCGCCUACCACGAGUCGCGCGGCGAGGGGCACCGCAACGUGUGUCUCAUCCCCAUGAGCGCGCACGGCACUAACCCGGCCUCUGCGGUGCUGGCCGGCCUGAAGGUGGUGACGGUGAAGUGCCUCGACAACGGCAGCGUAGACCUGGCGGACAUGGAGGCGAAGUGCAAGAAGCACGAGAAGGAAUUGGCGUGUCUCAUGAUCACCUACCCGAGCACCUACGGCUUGUACGACCGCGACAUACGCAAGAUCACGAGCAUGGUGCACGAGCACGGUGGGCAGUGCUACAUCGACGGUGCGAACCUCAACGCGCUGGUCGGCUACACCGGCCCCGGCUUCAUCGGCGGCGACGUGUGCCACAUGAAUCUGCACAAGACCUUCAGCAUUCCGCACGGCGGCGGCGGUCCGGGUGUGGGCCCGAUCACGGUGCGCCAGCACCUCGCGCCCUUCCUGCCCAAUUCCGUGUACGGCGCCUCCGUGGGCGGCUCUCAGCCCUUUGGACAGGUCUCGCAGGCGGCCUACGGCUCCGCGUCCAUCACGACUAUCUCCUACGCCCUCAUCACGAUGCUCGGCUCGCGCGGCCUCAAGACGUGCACCGAGUACGCCGUGCUGAACGCGAACUACCUCAAGAAGCGUCUGGAGGAGCACUACACCAUCUGCUUCCUCGGCCACAGCGACUUCUGCGCGCACGAGUUCAUCCUCGACGUGCGCCCCUUCAAGAGGACGGCGCACAUCGAAGCCGAGGACGUCGCAAAGCGUCUGAUGGACUACGGCUUCCACGCCCCCACACUGGCCUUCCCGGUCGUCGGCACUCUCAUGAUCGAGCCGACAGAGAGCGAGUCGAAGCGCGAGCUGGACCGCCUCGCUGACGCGCUCAUUUCCAUCCGCCGCGAGAUUGCCGCCGUGGAGCGCGGCGACCAGCCGAAGGACAACAACGUGCUGACAAACGCCCCCCACACAGCGAAGUGUGUGACGGGUGACGAGUGGAACCGGCCGUACUCGCGUCAGCUGGCCGCCUACCCGACCCACCACCAGUACCGCGAGAAGUUCUGGCCCAGUGUGGGUCGGAUUGACAGCACCUACGGCGAUCGCAACCUCAUGUGCUCUUGCCUCCCGCUCGAGUUCUACAAUUAA